GCCGCGUAUCCGCUAGCUGGCAGCAGAGGCGGCAAAACAUUUGCAACAAAAUCUCAAUUUUGCAAUUGUUUUGUUAGACUGUUGCCAUAUACAUUUAGUUUAGAGACAAAAUGUUAAUAUUAGACUUCCUCGAUGAUGUCCGGCGAAUGAAUAAGCGUCAGCUUUACUAUCAGGUGCUGAAUUUUGGAAUGAUUGUAUCAUCAGCCUUGAUGAUCUGGAAAGGCUUGAUGGUUGUAACUGGAAGCGAAAGCCCAAUCGUGGUUGUUCUCAGUGGAAGCAUGAAACCUGCAUUUUACAGAGGAGACCUCCUCUUUCUCACAAAUUGUGUUGAAGAUCCAAUCAGAGUGGGAGAAAUCGUUGUGUUCAGGAUUGAGGGAAGAGAAAUUCCCAUUGUACACAGAGUCCUAAAAAUUCAUGAGAAAGAAAAUGGCGACAUCAAGUUCUUAACGAAAGGUGACAAUAAUUCUGUGGAUGACAGAGGCCUUUACAAGCAGGGCCAGCACUGGCUGGAGAAGAAAGAUGUGGUGGGCAGAGCAAAAGGGUUUGUGCCUUACAUCGGAAUUGUCACAAUUUUGAUGAAUGACUACCCCAAAUUUAAGUAUGCUGUACUGUGCUUGCUUGGACUGUUUGUGUUGGUGCAUAGAGAGUGAAGACAGUGUCAGUCAAACCAUGAAACACAUCCCUCUGGUGACUUCUUUGUUUUUGUUUGUUUGUUUGUUUGUUUGUUUGUUUAUUUUGUACUUGCUCUUAGAGACAAAGGUCAAAUUAUCUUUUUCUAUGUUCAAAAACAGUGCAUACAUGAGGUACAAAAAAAAAAAAAAAAAAAAAAAAAACUACUGGAAGCAUUUGUACUUGCUAAUUUGUUCCAUGUCAUACAAAUUAAAUUUUUGUUUGGUCUGACUUUACGCAUAGAUGUCAUUGCACCAUAUGUUGAGAUCUGUCUUGAGAACUUCUUUCUUAAAGGCAACAUUUUUCUAUGGAAUAAAAUUGUUGCACCAAC